CGGCAACAUGUCCAAAUCGAAGCAUGUAAAAGUAGUAAUUCGGACGAGACCGACGUCCGAUUAUGCACAGGAUAUGAUCAAAUUCACUGGCGACCGAAAGGGGGUGCAUAUACACAUUCCGAAAAACGUAGAAGGUGGCUUUAUCAACAAUCAGCAAGAAAACUGGGACUUUCGCUUCGACAGUAUUUUGCAUAAUGUGUCACAAGAAACCGUAUAUGAGGAAUGUGCAAGUUCUUUGUUGAAGGGAGUGUUGGAGGGUUACAAUGGUAUGUAAAGCUGGAAACCUUACCAGGCAUGCAAUAUUGAGGCACAAUCAUGGCGUACGGCCAAACAGGAGCUGGAAAAACAUUUACAAUGACCGGUGCUACAGAAAAUUACAAGCACAGGGGCCUUAUACCGCGGACAAUUUCACAUGUCUUCCGGGAGAUUGGCGAGCGUCCUCAGCUCUCUUACGUUGUUCGUGUAAGCUAUAUCGAGAUAUAUAAUGAACAGAUGGUGGAUUUGCUAGGAAAUCUUCCUGAUGCAUUGAGACUGGACAGCAACUUGAAUGUAGUCGAAGAUAGAACCGGGACAGCUCAGGUGAAAGGGUUAACAAUGAAGAUUGCGACUAGCGAGGAAGAAGCGCUCAGCUACCUCUUUGAGGGUGAAACAACGAGAUCUAUUGCAGAGCAUCAGCUAAACCGAAACUCUUCAAGAUCACAUUGCGUCUUCACUAUCUACCUCGAGUCGCGUUCAAGAAUCGAAUCCUCUGAGAAAGUCUUAUUUAGUAAAUUGAACCUGGUCGAUCUCGCCGGGUCUGAGCGAUUAUCAAAAACACAUACAACAGGCGUCUCUCUUCGAGAAGCUAUGUAUAUCAACAAGUCCCUCACUUUCCUUGAACAAGUUAUUGUUGCGCUGGCAGACAAGAGAAGAGGACACAUACCUUAUCGUCAGUCAAAGCUAACGAACGUGCUGCGGGAUGCUCUCGGAGGGAACUGCAAUACUUUAAUGAUAUCGAAUAUACGGUGUGAGGCGGAUUAUAUCGAGGAAACCAUAUCAACCCUUCGUUUUGCCACGAGGAUGAUGUGCGUAACGAACACGCCCGAACUGAAUGUGCAAUAUGAUCCGAUAGCGCUGAUAAAGAAAUACGAGCGGGAAAUCAAAGAGCUUAAGCAGGAGUUAUCCAUGCAUGACACACUUAGCAAUCGCAGCCACGUCCAACAUGAACCAUUCAGCGAACCCCAGCGGCUGGAGCUUCAAAGACAGGUUAAAGCUUUUCUCGAGAACGAGGAAGACGAAAUAGAGAUAGUAAGCCUGCGACAAAUCAGGGAGAUAUUCCACCAGUUUCGCAUGUUGUACAAGACCCAAGAACAGGAAAAUGAGGAUUGGCAACGAAUUCACAGGAAUGCAAUCGGAACUCACCCCACUAUGGCGAAAGAUGAUGCUACAGAGAAUAUCAAUAUGAAUACCCGUCCCUUAGAUGAAAAGGAUGACGGCGUAGGGGAAUUGGAAGGAACAGGAUUUGGACUUGGUCUGGCACCUUCAGGUGGUCGGCAAACGGGAGGCAUUGCGAUGGCAGCUGGUGGUACGCGGGGUCCUAAGGAUAGGCGACGUAAAAAUAGUAGGAUCCCAGGACUUGGCUUAUCUGCACAAAUGGGUGCUCCAGCUCACACGGAAGUUGAAGAAGAAGACGGAAAACACGAGAUUCCCAUGGAGAGAGAUCGGAUACCAUCUCCGCCCACGAAGGUGACGGAGAUUUCAUCCCCUGCAGAGUCAAGUGGGCUUCCACCACUGCCGAAUGCCCAUCAUCCAAACAAAAACAACCGGUCGCUCGCCCCACCUCCGAGUAGAGCUGAUGAGUUCGAAUCCUUCAAGCGUGGAAAAGGGGCAGAUAUUAAUCGCAUUCUUAACGAAAACAAGUUCAUAUUGCGCGAUAAGAAGAAACAUGCCAAGGACCUGGCGGCAUCGGUCAAUGAUACCAAGAGACAUAUUGAUGACUUAAAGAUAAAAAUUGACUGUAAGCGACAUGAUAGAACAUGCGGAGUGGAGAUACAGCGAGAUGAUGAGGUUGUCAUUGACGAAGAAGAGUAUAUCCUUUUGAACAGUCUGAAGCAGCUCAAACAACACUAUCGAGAGCAGUAUGAAGCACUUCGUACAGUUAGAGCGGACAUUGAGUAUUGCUCGCGUCUUGUUGAUCAAUGUCGGCAGAAGCUCAUGGCUGAAUUUGAGCAAUGGUAUGAGAUACAGUAUGGAGGGCAAUUACCCGAGGACGGUUCAGAUGGUCAGGUCGAGGACUUGAUGGAUAUCGGUGAGAAAUUCGACAGAUUGCAAAUGGAGCGCAUGUCCCAGGAAGAUCCGGAUUCGCUGCCAUUCUAUAAUGCCCGUAAGAACACCGAAAGACGAUAUCACAAAGGCCCACGAAGUAAGAGGCAUUAAUCACCUCCUACUAUGGAACUCACAUUCUGAGCUGGGGAAUUGGUCAAAAUUAACCAGUAUUGGAAUUGUGCCCCUGGUCAAAAAAUAAGUGAUAAGUGAUAAUUAUUCAAAAUUUUCAUCAUUAUAAUAUGGAGCCACCUGAACCCAUUAUA